UCGAAGAAGCGCGUGAUUCACUUGACAGGAUGCAGCUUCUUCUUGCAACUUUUGCUUUCCUUCUUUUAAAUUUCGCGUCUGGAGAGACAGUAUGGCCUCUUCCAAAACAGAUAUCACUAUCUGGAGCGCCAUAUCCCGUGUCAAGGGCCUUAAGCAUAAAAACUUCUUCAAAGUCCAACGUUCUCGAACAUGGAAUCACGAGAUACCUGAAGUACAUCACCUAUCAUCUCUUGUCAAAUAACGAGCAAGAUUUCAAGGCAAAGAGUGAUGGAGAACUCGAGUUAGUGGUCGUAAAUGUGACGAAUGAUAACGAAACUCUUGGAAUGCAAACUUCUUAUAAGUACUCGCUGUCUUUCAACUCUUCAAAUAUGAUCCAAAUUGAUGCAAAUAGUCCAUUUGGUGCACUGUAUGGUCUAGAAACAUUAUCUCAGUUGAUUGAAUAUGGAGCUCUUGUGAGCAGAAAUAUUGACAUUAAAGACGAACCCUCGUUCAUUCACAGAGGACUUAUGUUGGAUACUGGGCGCCGUUUGUUUCCAAUUGAACUGCUCUACAAUAUCCUUGAUGCCAUGAGUUUUGUCAAGCUGAACGUCUUCCAUUUUCAUCUGUCAGACCUUUGCAGAUUCAGUGUUGAAAGUAAAAUGUACCCAGACCUGCGUAAUAAUGAACAAGAAAUAUACUCUCAAGAUGAUGUAAAAAAUCUUGUUGCUUAUGCAAGAGACAGGGGAAUAAGAGUUGUACCUGAAGUAGAAGCUGCUGGUCAUGCCAAUGGUCUGAUGGGAUUGUACAAUAAAACAAAGGGUGUCAAGUUCUGCAACAGUUCUGGCUUCUUGGAACUUUUCAAUGAUCCUCAGGGGGUUACCUUAACAACCAUGAGGGGGAUUCUCAGUGAAAUGAUGUCACUUUUUCCUGAUGAACUCUUUCAUCUUGGCCUUGAUGAGACUUUCAAUGACCAAAAUUGCACCAGUGACAAUGUGAGAAGUUUAGAAACAGCUCUGCUCGAAUAUGUGGCUUUGAAUAAGACUACAGUUGCUUGGGAAGAAGCCUUUUCAAUAACAGCCUCUGCUCUGAACAGCACUAUAGUUCAAGCAUGGAAAAGUGAGUCAGUGAAGACAAUCAUAGAUAAGAAACAUAGGGCGAUAAAUUCCCUGUCUAGUCAUUUUUAUCUCAAUUAUGCACAGUCAGUUACACCUGAAACACUAUGGACAGACAUUUCAUCAGGAUUAAGCCCACAGGAAGUCGAGCUUUUGCUUGGUGGUGAGAUGGCAAUGUGGACUGAUUACUAUUGCUACAUAUCUGAAUGUUGCUACAGACAUAAUACCAAACCACAAGCAUGGUGGAUGUAUGACCCUACUCACGAUGCUCAGUUUACACAGUCUGUCAGUGGCUUGAUCUGGCCAAGAGCAGUUGUUGGUGCUGGUUCAUUCUGGAAUUAUGACCCAGACUUAAAACCAGAAACAGCUGACUUUGUGUUAAGAUAUGAUGCAAUGAAUAGGAGAUUACAGGAGCGUGGUAUCCUCACCUGUCCUGUGGGAUGUAAAUGUGACUACUUAACAAAGUGUGGCAAACCUUAUCCUCAGUGAUCAAUGUUUGUCAUUGUGUUUUAUCUAAUUUAUCGAUCUAAUAUUCAUCUGCAUAUACUACAACUUUAAUCAAUUUAGUAUACUAUUAAAGAAAAGAAAUUUGAGUUCAAUAAUGUUAA